CGGUGGGUCAAAACUGCCACACACGUACUAAUCUCGUCGCCUGCUAUGCGGCAUUAGCUCACAACAAAAACGUACUUGUUUCAGUCCCAACGUUUCAGUUUUGUUUCGAACCACCGCCGGAGUACAAGCAUCAUCGGUGAGAUAACGACCAAACGCGAAGAGUGAAAUUUGAGUUGCAUUAUUUUUUUUAAAGAGAUUGGCAAUUUCAUAUCCCGUUAAGCACGAAAAAGUUAUAAUGGUAUCAGUGGUUCCGAACGCGUUUUUCGAUAAUGGCAACAGCAUUCCAAUGAUCGGGCUCGGAACUUGGGGAUCCCCGCCAGGUGAGGUUUCGCAAGCUGUUAAGGAUGCGAUUGACAUUGGCUAUCGACAUGUUGAUUGUGCUCAUGUUUACCAAAACGAACAUGAGGUAGGUGAUGGGAUCGAAGCGAAAAUUCAGGAAGGAGUUAUCAAGAGAGAGGACGUCUUUAUCACCAGUAAAUUGUGGAAUACCUUCCACCGACCGGAUCUUGUCGAAGGUGCUCUGCGAACCACACUGAAGAAUCUUAAACUGGAUUACUUGGAUCUGUAUCUGAUUCACUGGCCGGUCGGUUACAAGGAAGGAGAUGAGUUGUUUCCGUUUGGCCCUGAUGGGAAAACUUUCAUCUUUUCCGAUGCGGAUUACGUAGAUACUUGGAAAGCAAUGGAAAAACUGGUGGAUGCUGGAUUGGUGAAAAACAUUGGCCUAUCGAAUUUCAAUGCAAAACAAAUCCAGCGAGUUCUAGACGUAGCUCGCAUUAAACCGGCAACCAACCAAAUUGAGAAUCAUCCCUAUCUCCACCAGUCAAAGAUAACCGCUUUCUGUGCUGAUAACAAUAUCAUCGUUACCGCAUACAGUCCUCUCGGGUCGCCGGCUAGACCGUGGGUGAAGAAAGACGAUGUAGUUCUGCUAAAUGACGAAACAGUGAAUGCGAUCGCUAGGAAAUAUGGUAAGGAGCCGGCCCAGAUUUUGAUCCGUUAUCAGAUUCAGUUGGGACAUGUAGUGAUCCCAAAAUCGGUAACCAAAUCCAGAAUUGCUUCCAACUUUGAUGUAUUCAAUUUUGAGCUAGCCGCGGAAGAUAUGAAGCAAUUGGGGGCGCUUGAACGGAAUGGGCGCAUUUGUCCCGAGUUUACAGCCUUUGGCCAUCCGCAUCACCCGUUCGAGAAUGAAGAUUAGUCACGGAAGGUUGCGAAUUGUAUCAUUCGUCUGAUUGUUUUUUUUUCUCGCUGGUUGUGCCGAUUGCAAAUUAGUAAGAUUACACAUGCGUGUAAGAAAAUUUACCGAGGUGUAAUUUUCUGUAAGUAAGUGCUGAUCCUCCAAGGGCAUGCUGCCGGUGGAAAUAUAUUGUAUUGCAUUACAUCA